AUGUUUGUCCUCAGAAACGUUGGCAAACUCAUCUUCGGAUCUACAAGCCAAGAAUCGUUGAUCGAACUGCCGCAAGGCCAGCUGUACCUCGUCCGACCUCUGUCACCCAAGGGCUACUCAGAACUCAUCUUUAAAGACGCGACGGCACAAAUUCGACGUACCGGCCAAGACUUCCAAUACCAACUAGUGAUCCAGAGAGUCUACGAGGAAGGCGAGGCUGAACUACUUGCUGAAGAAGAAGGAGAGGACGCCGAGAUUGACGCGCUGUCUGCCGAACGAGACGAGAAGACAUUUCUGCUCGACGAAGCCCUCCACUUCCGCGUCGAGAUUCGUGAAGGGUCCGAGAAGGUUAUCGCUUGGCGGGACCUCAGCGGUGAUACGGGUGACGUCUUCGAGUUUGUUUGCGACAACAGCGUUUCUACUGCGCAAGCCGAAUCCUUCGAGCGCAUCGCCAAGGAGUGCCAGUACGAACGCAAAUACCGGAAGCCACACACAACCGCCUCCAACGACGACUUCCGUCAGUUCGAGUUCUACGACGAGCCCGCUAUCCCGCCUGCGAGCCCUCUGCAUAGCCCCGUUUUAACCCGCUCGAUUGAAUCUUCCGACAGCAUGUUCCGCACCAGCCGCAACUCGGCCAACACGUCCGCCCAGCGUGAACAGACCCCACCUCCGGCUGCUGAGAAGGCAAAGAAGGAACCUGGCCCUCCAGCCGUGUCUGCCGAGGCGCCAGAGGCGCUUACGACGUAUGCGGCAGAAAAUGCAGAGCUUCACUUUUACGAUUUUGUCUCGGGAUCGUUCAUACAGCAGGACGCCUCCGUUGUCGCAAUUGUCACGGAAGUCGGCAAGUGGCAGUAUUGGUUGCAGGUUGAGGGCAAGGAUCGUGAUUGGCUCGGAAUUCCCAUUGUUGCUGACAUCAAUCCGGUGUUCAACUUUGAAUUCCUUUCCUUCAUCUUUAAUCAAUUUACUCCCGACGGCUCGGCGUACUCGUGGCUCCUUCGCUUCAAGGAUCAAUCUACCCUAGAGCGUUUCCAGGAAGGUCUGCUUCGCUGUCUCUGGGAGCAACUGAACGAGACGAAAUGGGAGAAGAUUAAGGAGCGUGAACAGGAAUAUGUCACCGACGCAUUCAACGACCUCCAGAUGGAAGACACACCCGAAGAGGAGGAAGAGGAAGAGGAGGAGGUCGAAGAGCCUGAGUAUGAGGAUGCCGACCCUGGUCAGCAAAGCGAACACUACGACAGCGAUGAAGAGGAUGAGGACGUUGUCACCAAAGACGAGGAUGGCAACGUCAACUCGCAGCUUGCUGUUGGCUACAAGCAUGACCGUUCGUUCGUUGUGCGCGGUUCGAAGAUUGGCGUGUUCAAGCACACAAACAACGACAAGCUCGAGUUCUCGACCAACAUCUCCAAAGUUGAGACGCCCAAGGGUGUUCUGUUCAGCCCCAAGAAAGUCAUGUUGCACAACGAGGAUCGCAACAUGAUUCUCCAACAUCAAACAGACCCCAAUAAGCUGUACCGCAUGGAUCUCGAGUACGGCAAGGUUGUUGACGAAUGGAACGUUCACGAAGAUAUUCCUGUUGUCACGUUCGCGCCCGAGAACAAGUACGCCCAAAUGACGCACGAACCCACUUUCCUCGGUGUCUCUCACAAUGCACUCUACCGCAUCGAUCCUCGUCUAUCGGGUGACAAGCUUGUGGAAUCGCAGCUGAAGCAGUAUGCCUCUAAGAACCAAUUUUCCGCCAUGGCGACCACCGAGAAGGGACACAUUGCCGUGGCCUCCAACAAGGGCGACGUCCGUCUCUUUGAUCGACUCGGAAUCAACGCCAAAACACACAUCCCGGCUCUUGGAGAGGCUAUCAUUGGUCUCGACGUCUCCGCGGACGGCCGCUGGGUGCUCGCGACAUGUAAUACGUACAUCUUGCUCAUCGAUGCCAUGCAAAAGACGGGCAAGAACGAGGGCAAACUCGGCUUCGAGAAGCCCUUCGCCGCCGCCGAUAAGCCGCAGCCGCGCCGUCUCGCGCUCACGCCCGAGCACGUUGCGCAAUUCUCGCACGAGACGGGCAAGCCGGUGCGCUUCACGCCCGCGCGGUUCAAUGCCGGCGAGGGCGUUGAGGAGACGAGCAUCAUCACGGCCACGGGCCCGUACAUCAUUGAAUGGAAUCUUAAGAAGGUGCUCCGCGGCGCCAAGGCGCCGUACCUCAUCAAGCGGUACACCGAAGACGUCAAGGCCGACGACUUCCAGUUCGGCACCGACAAGAACGUCAUUGUCGCGCUGCCGAACGAGGUCAACAUGAUUGGCAAGGGCGGGCUCAAGCGGCCUACACGCGAGAGCAUCGCUGGCGAUUUUGGACGGCUCAGCGUGUCGGGCGGCCGGAAGAGUUCGGGUCGUAUCGGCACGCCGAGGAGCGGGCGGUACAAGCUUGGUCGAGACGAGGUUGUCAACUCACCGUACUAA